AGACGGGAGCUGCGGCAGGCGGCGCGUGGCAUUCUGAAGUACCUAUCCGCUGGGGUUUGGGACACUGUGCGGCUGGGGAGGUUCCGCCGCGCACCUCCUUGGGGGUUUGUGCUGCGGGUCUCGGUAGCGGAUGGUGGCUGCGAGGAGCGAGCGGGACCAUGUGUGCAGAGCGCAUGCGCCCGGCGCCAGAUGUGGUCAGUGUUGGAAAAGAUGCCAGCUCCAGCCACUACAUAUGAAAGAAUAGUUUACAAAAAUCCCUCUGAGCACCACUAUAUGAAAGUGUGUCUAGAAUUUCAAGACCAUGGGGUUGGACUGAAUGUUGCACAGUUCAAACAGCUGCUUAUUUCAGCCUUGAAGGACCUGUUUGGGGAGGUUGAUGCAGCCUUACCCUUGGACAUCCUGACCUACGAAGAGAAGACCUUGUCAGCCAUCUUGAGGAUAUGUAGCAGUGGUCUUGUAAAAUUGUGGAGCUCUUUGACUCUGUUGGGAUCCUAUAAAGGCAAGAAAUGUGCUUUCAGAGUGAUUCAGGUUUCUCCAUUUCUUCUUGCCUUAUCUGGUAACAGUAGGGAACUAGUGUUGGAUUGAAUAGUCUUCAAUGUCAGAAACAUUCCUCCGCUCUCAAAAGGUACUUUUUGAUGCCAGAAUCACAUCUGAAGAUUGAAGCAGUCUAAAAGCUCCGAUUGCUGGACUUUGACAGUGCUGAAGAUGUUCCCAGUAACUUGCAGCUAUCGUUGGUGGGGUGGGCUUCAGAGGAGAAUCUGCCUGAGCCGGCAAGUGCCGAGCAGGUGGCACAUUGAGCAGAUGCAUGUCCGAGUUGGAGACCAUGCUGAACUCAGCAGGGCCUUCACACAGAGGGACGUGGCCGCCUUCUCAGAAUUAACGGGGGAUGUCAAUCCUUUGCAUUUAAAUGAAGAGUUUGCAAAACACACCAAGUUUGGAAAGACAGUUGUACAUGGAGUUUUGAUCAAUGGGCUUAUUUCAGCUCUCCUGGGAACUAAAAUGCCAGGGCCAGGCUGUGUUUUACUUUCACAGGAAAUCAGCUUUCCAGCCCCUUUAUAUGUUGGAGAAGUUGUUUUAGCUUCCGCAGAAGUGCGAAAGCUAAAGCGGUUCAUUGCUGUUAUUGCAGUGUCGUGUUUUGUAAUAGAAAGUAAAAAGACUGUUAUGGAA